ACCUUUACAUUGACACACUUCUUUUUCUCCCCCUUCCUUCCUUCUUCAGUUCUCUCGAAGAACAGAGAAGAAGAAGUUACCACUGAUCCCACUAUUUCUAGAGAGAGAAACUAAAACUAUUUUUUAGGGUUUUUAGAGAGAGAAAUUCGUCAGUAGAUGGUGUGUGAAUUUGUGUGAAAAUACAGAGAUGUAUGUGGGAUCAAUAAGAAGAUCUUUCAAGGAUUCUCUCAAAGUUCUCGAAGCGGAUAUUCAACAUGCAAAUACUCUGGCAUCUGAUUUUUCACGGGAGUACAAUGGUGCGUGUGUGCAGAUGAGAAUGUCGUAUAGCCCGGCUGCACAGUUUUUCCUUUUCUUUGUUCAGUGGUCAGACUGCCACCUUGCGGGUGCUCUCGGACUCUUGAGGAUCUUGAUAUUUCAGGUUUACGAUGAUGGCACCACCACCAUGUCCACACAUGAACGGAAAGCGAGCAUAAGAGAAUUCUAUGGAAUCAUAUAUCCGUCUUUAAUGCAACUUCAAAGUGGUGUCACUGAUUCUGAAGAAAGAAAGCAAAAGAAGGUAUGCAUGGAAAGGUAUAAAAAACGAGAAGAUGAAGAUUACAAUCGAUAUUCUGACGUUGACAUUGAACGGGAAGAAGAAUGUGGUAUUUGUAUGGAGAUGAAUAGCAAACUCGUCUUACCCAAAUGUAACCAUGCCAUGUGCUCAAAAUGUUACAGUGACUGGCGAACAAGAUCCCUAUCAUGCCCGUUUUGUCGGGUCAGCCUAAAGAGAGUUGACUCGAGUGAGCUGUGGGUAUAUGUUGACCAUAAAGAAGCCAUUGACAUGGCCACAAUAACAAGAGAAAAUCUGAAGAGAUUGUUCAUGUACAUAGACAACCUGCCUCUAGUUAUUCCUGACUCAAAUUUUAACGCCUAUGACUCGCAUUUGAUGUGAGCCCAUUAACCCCUGCAUCCGUACUAAUUUACAUAUCUACCCCCUUCGUCAAAUGAAGAAAGCCCGGGACUUGUCUGGGUUGGUUUGGGUUUUCAGAAUGGUAAUGGUAAUGGUUUGUUGUUGAUUGUUGUUUAGAUGAACCCGGCCCAAAGUUUGUUGCGGGCACGGGGUUGAAGCUAAGAUAGUUUACUUGCAACAUAAAACGGUUGUGGUAAUUGUAUGUAGUGAAUAUGUAUAUGCUUGAAUGCUGAAAUGUCUAUUCAAUGGGUGUUACAACCUGAAGAUCAUGAAAUCCAUUUGUACA